AUGAAGCCAAUUAACACUAUUUUGUUAAUGUUCUUAAUCGUAUUCUUCUUAUUUGGUGUUUCAGAGAGCAUUUUGACUCCUAGAAAUGUAUCUUUUCUAGCAGCAAAGAUUCAAUCAGGACAUAAAAAUAGUUUGAAAGAACAAGAUCCUUCACACAGGGUUACUGUUGUUCAGGUGGUGGUUGCUGUCCUCUGGUAA